UCCGUUCACGUUUUACAACACUUCUCAGGCAAAACAAAUUUUAGGAAACAAAGUGUAAACAAUAUUUAAUAAAAAUGACGGAGUACUGGAAGUCGAAUGAACGCAAGUAUUGCGACUUCUGCAAAUGCUGGUUGAGCGACAACAAAGCCAGUAUUGCGUUUCACGAGAGUGGCAAGCGACACAAGCUAAAUGUAUCCAAGCGCAUCACGGAAAUCAGCCGCAACAGCGAAAAGUCGGAGCGGGAGAAACAAAAGAUGGACGCAGAGAUCCGUAAAAUGGAGGAUGCGGCAAUGAAGUCCUACGCUCAGGAUAUACACGGCUAUCACGGCGACAUGACAGCCCGUUCCAUUAAUACCGUACUCAGCGCAACAACUUCCAGCAGUGCCAAGCUUGGGCCGUUCGGCAAGCCGCGCCAAAUCGAUCCAAUGCGUUUGGAGGGCGAUUCCGAUGAGGAUGCGGAGGAUCAGCGUCGGGUAAAUGUGGAUAAAGUUGCCGCCGAGACGGUGCCAGACGCAUCGCUCUGGGUGGAGGGCAAGUCCGAUGAGGGCCAUACAUAUUACUGGAAUGUGAAAACAAAUGAAUCCGUCUGGGAGCCACCCAAGGAGGGUUAUCUCUCCUAUGAGGAAUACGAACGCAUCAAUCAGUUGGCCAUAGAUCAACAGCAGCUCACGCAGGCAGAGGAAUCGCUACGCUUUCGUGCCAAUGCGGACGAGGAGGUGGCGCGCUUUAAUCGCGAGCGACACGCAAAACUAUAUCGCAAUCCCGAGAAUGCCAAGGAGAAGAAGCUUAAGGAAGAGAAACGGCUGGAGUUUAAAACGGAAGAGGAGGCAGCCACCAAGGAGAUUGGCCAAUGGCAGGUGGUCGAAACCAGACCACCAGCCGAGCCCAUCGAUUGGCAGUUGCCCAAAAUGGAUUAUUAUGAUGCAGCACCUGUUGUUAACGCUGUGACGGAGACUGAGCCACCUGUAAAGCGUUUCAAGGAGAAAACAAUAUCGGGCCUGGAUGAGGAGACAGCGAGCAGUGCACCCGCCACAUUUAAGAAACGCAAAUUUGCGAAUAAAGGCAAUGCGCGCAAGCCUUUGGAUGAGUAAAUGUCGUACCUGUAGCAUUCAGCUAAUUAAAUCAUUUUCAACCAGAA